ACCCUUGUUGAACUGCACACAGUUUCUCUUAUAUUUGAUUGUGUACAAUAUUUUAAGUUUAUUUUAAUUAAAUAUAUUUUAAAAUGUUUAAGGAUAGAAUUUAGCAGAAAUAAUGCUUAAUUACCAUAUAAAAUUUCUAACAUGUGACGACAGUUUAAAUCUGAAAAACACUGACUUUAAAAGUUAUAAAUAUGAAACAAAGAAAAGGUUGGAAGAGACAGUGUACGAUGCCGCGAAAAGGAAUUAUUACGAGCGCCGUGGUGGACAUUGGAGAGCACCGCAUUCGCGUCAAAUUCGUCAACUUGAAUCAAAAAUACGGGAACGUGGCAUUGUCCUGUGCGAAUGGACAAACGAGACACUCAUCACUAUAGUGUUUUCCUCAGGAGCGAUUGCCUACCUCACUGUUAAACCAAACAGUCUUGAUAUAACCCAAAUACUGUUUGAUAGAUAUUGCGUUGGGAAAUUGGCUGGACAGACUGUUACUGGUGUUGUACUAUGCAGUUCUCAUCUAAUGUUCACACAUGCUGACAGAAUAGCAACUUUAGUUACAUUUGGGAAGAGUCAAGUGAAUAGUCUUCCUAUUCGCAUAUCAGAUAGAGACCCACACAUACAGAAUAUAGAGUUGGGUGGAGGUUCUCGUCGAACUGAAAGGCAUGUGUCGUGGUGUGAAGCAGGAAAUGGAGUGCGUGUGCUGGUGUGGAGUACAGCUAAUGCGGAGCCAGCACCCUGGAGCCCUGUGGUGGAGGACCACGCUAAUUUACAUUUAUACCACAUAGAAAGUGAUCAGAUAUAUUUGAAAGCAUACCAUCAACUUGAGAAUGAAACAUUGUCAGCAGACCUUACACAGAAACAGAACAAUAUUGUUCAUAUUAUUGAACAAAUCACAUGUCAACAGAACGGCGUCAGCUUAGAGUGGGCGCGGUACGACGUACCUUGGUCAUCGAAAUCGCGCGCGACAAAGCUGUCGACCGCGCGAUCAGGCGAUACGCGUGUAUGGCUACCGGCGCCCGCGCGAGCCGCCCGCCGUUCGCCGUGCGGUACACGGUUGCUCGCCGCUUGUAUCGAUGGCUCUCUGCAUCUUGUACACCACAUCGCUGGUCUUACACACUCCACCAAGGCUGGUUUUAUAGCAACAGAUGUCCGAUGGGCGGGAGAAUUAAUAUUAGCUGUUGAAGAGGGGGGACGCCUGCAGUGCUUUGAUCGUGCGUUGUCCCUGUUACAUCACCACACCAAAUGUUUAGAUCUCACGUCAUAUUUAAGAGAUGCAAGCCGAAUGCAGAUACUAGCUACGUGUAACGCCAAUAGUGGUCCAUUUAUAUUAGCAACAUUCAACGGCGGGCCAUUGACGUUACUCCGCAUCACACAUCCGCGAUUAUUGACGGCGUGGUUAAACGCGGGCCGCAACAGCAAUGCGGUAGCGCUGCUGCGUGCCAUGGACUGGGACGAGGAUGGGCCGCGCUGCCUGUGGGCCGUCAACAAAAUCGUUUGCGCUGCACUGCGCAGUAAAGCAGCGUGGCUAGCAGAAGAAGGGUCUGCACAGGCGGCCCUGGGUGCGUUCCUGGCGCCCCGCGCCCCGCUCGCGGCCCCCGCGGCCCCCGCCGCGCCGCCGCUGCACGACCUGGCCAGAAAGUUCUUUCACCAUCUGCUCAGGCGCGGACGCGCGGAGACUGCGCUGAGCCUGGGCGUGGAGCUGGCGGCGUGGGACCUGUGCUGCGACGUGCGCCGCGCCGCCGCCGCCGCCGCCGCGCGCCCGCUGCGCCGCGAGGCCGCGCUGCUGGCCGCGCACUACGCACGCCGCCACCACCACGAAUCUGACUGUUCAGAAUCGUGUUCACAGUGCAGUUCACAUUCCUAUUCAGAGUCAGAUGUUGAAACAAGUGACUCUUCUGAAAUAGUGAAAACGGAACCACCGCCGCUACCCCGAGUAACCAUCCCGUCCCUGCCCUCGCAACCCACCCUGAUGCCCGUUUCCAUAUCACAAACCGAGCCAAUUUCCACUAACAGCAUUCGACCAAACCUCCACCAAUACUUAGAACGAGAUAAUAACCUCUGGAAUAAUCUAAGAGAUGAUACUAUAAUAUCUAAUGGUUAUAACAAAUACAAACCACUACUUACUCAGAAUAUGAGGUGGCAUAGUGUGGACAACAUGCUGUCUAACCCUAAACUACCCUCGAAACAUACGCUUGCAGCGAUUAGUGAAGUGCCAACGGCAAUGAACAGAGAUAUACCCAGGAACCCCGAAGAUAGAAUAGCACCCGGUCAUUAUAGAAACCUAUACCAAACAGAAUUGAAAACAGAUGUGCCCAGCACAACUUACCGUUACCAUAGCAAUAACAACUACUAUCCCAGUACAAGUACUCAAAUACGACAAGACAGUAUGCCACAGAGAAUUAUAAAUCGACCAGCAGAGAAAAAUAAGGUCAAAUUUUCAAACACCGUCACAAUUGCUGUUGUUUCGGACACCGCUGUGUGCUCGGAGACGGAGCGCGAACUCGCCGACAGCCUGCCGCUGUGUCCGCCGCACAAGUACCUGGCAGCGUUCGCACCGCAGCCCCCGCCGCCGCUGCCGCCUCCUCCACAGCCGCCCCAGCAAGCGGCCGCCGGUACUGCGCUCGACUACGUCGAAGUGUGACGCACGCUACGUGCAUGCCACCACGUGUCAUAAUCGUCGCCGCAAAGACCACCUAAGAUCAAAGUCGUUCAUUUUGGAAUGGUUUAAAAACCUUCAACAACUUAGAGCAUAUUCAAUGAGUUACAUAAGUAAUUAAAAUCCGUCCAUUAUAGCUUUAACAAUGUAAAAUCUUAUAUUUUAUAUUUAGUAGAUCUGAUAAGGUAUAAUUUAGGGUAGGUUUAUGUUUAAUUUAUAUUAUAUUUUAUAUACUUAUUUGACACAGGCAAGGAAUAAUUUGUUUUCAUCGAUAACAAGUGCUGAAACUAUUGUUGUAGUAGACAAUUAAUCAAAUAUAUUUUUUUUAUUUUACAAAAGGAUACACGUAAUAAAUGCUCAUUAUAACCGUAUUUUACCUAACAAAUUUGUUUGUGCUGUGAAUUUGAAUAUAGCAUGUACUUUAAACCUCUGAAGUAAUUUUAUAUAUAAUUUUUUUAUCCGAAUUGGCCAAGAAAGUUUAAUUUACUCCAGCUAAAUUUUUAUUACGCAUUCCUACUACAGGAAUUCCUUUUAUUCACUAGAGUCGUAACUUGGUAUAAGUCCAAAGCAAUUAUAAGCGUCUUUAAGGGUGGGAGAAGUGUGCAUAUGCGCAAUUUUAAUGAGAGACUAGGCUCCACCUAGAUAUGAAUUAAAUACGCAAUUGAAAGCAAUUCCAUCGUAACAUUCAGUUUCCAAAACCAAGUUGAUCACAUCUGGAAAUUACAUAUGUGAAAUGUUCGUGCACAUCGAAUUUACCUAAAGCAACUAAAUAGUCAGUCGCCGAUGCUAAAAAUAUCGCACUUUAUAGCCAAACAAGAGGUACUACUAGUAAUUAUAAAUAUAAUAAAAUAAUAUUAAAUAAAAAAAUUGUAAAUAGUUAAUGUAUGUAUAUGGAAGACAUUUAAGAAAAAUUUAUAUAAUAAGAGCAAUAAAAAACAAAACUAUACUUUUUAGAAAUUUUCUCUAAUCUUUCUGUAUUUUUGUCUUUCUGUUCGAGUAUCACAUCACAGUUGUGUUCCUGAAGGUCUAAAUUAAAGUCAGGUAUAUGUUUUGUCUUGUUACGCCAUUUAGAACUAUUUCUAUGA